GACCGGUCGUUUUUAGGUUUUCCUCAACAUUGUAAUCUCUGUCGUGUUUUCCUGGGCCUCGUUCGAGAGAUUUGUAGAGACAGGUUGUUCUGGGUUUAUGCAAUUUUCGAACUCAAUCUCUUCUUCUUAUUCAAAUCAACAAGAUUUAGUUUCUUUUAUCCUCCAAAUCGAGAAUGAGUAGUGCGUCGACAUUGAGUUCAAUUUGCUUCGAACAAGGAUGCUGGUUCAAGGGUGAAAGGAAGAUUAGAGUAACGGAUAAGGUAGUGAAGAGGCCAUCUUCGAUGAGCUUCAGAGUUUCAGCCACUAGCUCUGCUUCUAAGGAUAUUCGUAUUGGUCUUCUUGGUGCAAGUGGCUACACCGGUGCUGAGAUCGUUAGGCUUCUUGCAAACCAUCCGCAUUUCGGUGUCACUCUGAUGACUGCAGAUAGAAAAGCUGGGCAGUCUAUGGAUAGCGUUUUCCCUCACCUCAGAGCUCAAAAACUACCUAGAUUGGUCUCAGUAAAGGAUGCAGAUUUCUCUUCUGUGGAUGCUGUCUUCUGCUGCUUACCUCAUGGAACAACUCAGGAAAUCAUCAAGGGACUUCCCACCACUUUAAAAAUUGUUGAUCUUUCAGCGGACUUCCGGUUGCGUGACAUCUCUGAAUAUGAAGAAUGGUAUGGUCAGCCACACCAGGCAGUAGAGUUACAGAAAGAAGUUGUGUAUGGAUUAACAGAGUUACUAAGGGAUGACAUCAAAAAGGCUCGGCUUGUGGCUAAUCCAGGCUGUUACCCUACUUCGGUUCAGCUUCCUCUUGUUCCUCUUCUAAAGGAAAAUCUUAUCAAACAUGAAAACAUUAUCAUCGACGCAAAAUCUGGUGUUAGUGGAGCAGGACGUGGUGCUAAGGAGGCGAAUCUUUAUUCUGAGAUAGCUGAAGGCAUUUCUUCUUAUGGUGUCACACGCCAUCGCCAUGUUCCUGAAAUUGAACAAGGGUUGUCUGAUGUUGCACAAUCAAAAGUAACAGUCAGUUUUACGCCCCAUCUCAUGCCAAUGAUCCGCGGGAUGCAAUCUACUAUAUAUGUGGAAAUGGCUCCAGGAGUUAAAACAGAAGACUUAUACCAGCAACUAAGAUCCUCUUAUGAGGAUGAAGAAUUUGUCAAAGUGUUGGAGGAAGGAGUUGUUCCUCGGACACACAACGUUAGAGGAUCCAACUAUUGUUUUAUGAAUGUGUUCCCUGAUCGUAUCCCUGGACGAGCUAUCAUAAUCUCAGUGAUUGAUAAUCUUGUGAAAGGAGCUUCAGGGCAAGCGUUGCAGAACCUUAACAUAAUGAUGGGAUUACCAGAAACAAUGGGACUUCUUCACCAGCCGCUUUUCCCUUAAGGCAACUUCUUUUCUUCUGUGUCUAGAAGAUUUCAGCUGUCUUAAGUUGUUUGUUUCUACUCUUUUAUCUUCAGAGGACCAUUGUAAGGCACCAUGAUUUAUUAUAAAGACUUGAACCCUCUUCUCUUACCAUUACAGACAAUUGGUUUUGUUUGUUUGUUAAUUACGUUACAGAACUUAUAUUGUUAAAUCCUCUUCGUCUUUAAUGAUUUUUUUCAGAACACAA